GUCAAUAAUUUCUUUUCUUCAUCUCUUGUUCAAGCCAAGGGUCUAAAAACUCUCACCUUCUCUACUGACACCUCUUCUUUCUAAUCAUACAUUCUUCCGAUCCCCCAACGAAUCCAGAUUUCACCAAACAGCCAUAAACCAACUCCACCUCUCUUAUUAGGGGUUAACGAUGGCUAAUACAGCAGCAGCAUGUGCUGAAAGGGCGACCAGUGAUAUGCUUAUUGGUCCUGAUUGGGCAAUUAACAUUGAGUUAUGCGACAUUCUUAACAUAGAACCUGGUCAAGCAAAGGAUGCGUUGAAGGUUCUUAAGAAGCGACUUGGAAAUAAAAAUCCCCAGAUACAAGUGCUGUCUCUCAUUGUACUGGAAACACUUAGUAAAAAUUGCGGGGAUCACGUGUUUCAGCAGAUCGUUGAGCGUGAUAUCUUACAUGAUAUGGUCAAAAUAGUGAAAAAGAAGCCAGACUUGAAUGUGAGGGAGAAAAUAUUGGUUCUCAUAGAUACGUGGCAGGAAGCUUUAGGAGGGCCUUCUGGAAGGUUUCCUCAGUACUAUGCUGCAUAUCAUGAAUUGAAGUCAGCUGGAGUAGACUUCCCACCUCGAGAAGAGUACAGUGUGCCCCUGUUUACACCUCCCCCAACUCAGCCAAUAAUUCAUUCUACCCCAACAUAUAAUGAUCCAGUUGUUGACGCCUCUCUUCCAACUGAUGCUUCUGGUCUCAGCUUGGAAGAAAUCCAAAAUGCUCGUGGUUUAGCAGACGUGUUAAUGGAAAUGCUUGGUGCCUUGGACCCUCAGACUCCUGAGGGUGUAAAGCAAGAACUGAUUGUUGAUUUCGUUGAUCAAUGCCGUUCAUACCAAAAGCGUGUCAUGCUUCUAAUAACCAAUACCUCAGACGAGGAACUUCUAUGUCAAGGUUUAACGCUGAACGAUGACCUGCAGCGAGUGCUUCAACAACAUGAUGACAUAGUGAACGGAACCCGUAGUUCACCUGCUGGAGUAAAAACAGCAGAGACUUCUGUUGCACCUCUUGUAAAUGUCAAUCACGAGGAUGAUGAGUCAGAAGAUGAUUUCGCUCAGCUAGCUCACAGGUCUUCAAGAGACAAUAUGCAAGGGGCAGGAGCGAAGUCGUCUUCCAGUUCCAAGAAAACAGAAGUCCAUGUUAGCCCAUUUCUUCCCCCACCUCCUUCUUCCAAGAAACCUGUCAAUAGAAGAGUCCCCAUUGACUAUCUCAGUGGUGAUGUCUAUGGAUCAGAAAGAUCUUCAGAACUGGUGGAACCAACUGCCACCGAAGUUCCUCCACCUUCAAACCACAGAAAUUCCAGCUCACCAUUGAGGCCAAGUGGAAGUUCCACAUCACCAUCCCCCUCUUAUGGGGAUAAUCCAACCUCAUCUUUUUUUUCGGGGCAGCCAAUAUAUGAUGAACCUGUGCACCCUCAAACUGCAAACUCCACCGAACAACAACAGAUGCCUGCGGCUCCUUGGGAGGUCCAGUCGCCUGUCGUCACCAUACCACCUCCACCAUCUAAGUAUAAUCAGAGACAACAAUUUUUCGAACAACAUCAGCAUUCUAGUUAUGGUAGCAGUGGCUCAGGAGGAUCCUUGGAUGACAAUCUAGUCGGGAAGACCCAAAAUCUCUCUCUUAAUGGCAGCACCAGUCGUACUUCAUCAAUACCAACAAAGCAAGGCUCCAAAUCAGAGGAUGAACUAUUCCAGGAUCUGCUAGAUUUUGCUAAGAAAAAGUCCCCAUAUCGUACUACUGACUAGGUUUUCUUGUUGGCUAUGCAAAUAUGAUAUUAUGUGAUACAGUUUAGGAGUCAAGUUUCAGGACUUGCUAUUGAAUAAAUGUGAGAGAGGUCUUCCGGCGUGUUUCUGUUUGAAGUAUAUAGUCUUGAAAACUUGGUAUGAUCUGGAUUUUUUUUUUUUUUUUUUUAGAGUUUUAUAGCAUUUGCUAUUAACUAGUUUGUGGUAAGAGUGAGGUGUUUAUUCAUUCAUGAAUUUGUGGGUUUAAAGGGGUAUAUACUAAUGGAUGUAAAUUUGAAUGUUCUCUGUUCAAAUUAAUUUGAGUGUUUGUGUUUA